GCUUGAAUGGCAGGCAUCUUUCCCUCUCCUUGUUUGCAUGUGUCGGCGGUCAUUCCCACAUUCUCAGAUGAUGGGCAUGCUGGCUAAACCUAUGAGUAGGCAAGAAAACACCGUCAUUGCCAUGCAGCUUGGUUGUGGACCGAAAGAAACCGGAGUUGAACCGUACAGCCGGUCUGGACGGCUUUAAUCGAUACUCGGUGUCAAUAGUGAGCCAAUUAGAGCGCCAACCUCUUGUUUUGUGUAUAUUAUUAGCGAAUGCAGCUUUAAAAAAAUGUCAUUACGAAGCUUAAUGUCUGCAACAGUGGCAAAUAUCUCACAUGUGCAGCAACGUUUUUACAAUAGCGUGUACAGUUUCAGAGGACGCAGCGUGGGCCAUUUUGCCGUAAUUGUGUCAACAGACCCCAGCGCGCUCGUUAUUCACGCUUCAAACUCCGAGAGAGCUGAUGCGAGGAGCUGCAGAAUAUGCAAUUUGUUGUCUCUUCUCUUGUUUCUGAGGAAGAGACAGAAGCAGGGAGGGGAGAUGAAGAGAAGGGGGCUGGAGCCGCCGAGGGAGGGGGAGAAAAGGCGGAACAAACCGGUGCGCUCGGAUACAAGCUGUAGCUUCUCGCCCGCACUGCAGAUUAACUCUUACCGCGCCGGGAACACGCAGCUGGACUCGAAAAGGAUUGGGAAAGCUUCUUCAAACCAGUGCCCAUGUAACCACUCUCCGGCCUACAAUUACUCUCCCUGUAGAGCACAAGAGCUCCUCCUAAACGCAGUUCAUUCCUCAACCUGCCACAUACAGAGCGUGUGAACUGCAGCCAGACUCUGUGGAGACGGGGUAAAACAGUGGGAUGCACAAGGGAAGACGCUGAUUGAGAGAUGUGCUUCUAACCCUUCUGUCUGCUGUUUUGUAAAAGUUAAGCAGAAUGGAGCUGCAGAAUGAGCUUUGAAGAUCACCAUACCUCAAAGAGCCACCACUCUCUCACAUAUGUCGACCUGGUCUUACAGUGGCCACACAUUUCUGUGUGUGUGUUUGCUUUACAGCGUCUUGGCAAGUACCUAACCACAAGACGGAACAUCUGGUCUCGCCUCCACCGCAGAGGGGAGUUGUAGAGAGCAUCCUUCUGUUUCCGCAUGCAGAACAUCCUCGAUCAAAACUUAGACAUGGCCACAGCGCUACUCGCCGGCGAGAAGCUUAAGGAGCUCAUCCUGCCGGGCUCCUCUCAGGAUGAGAAGGGUGGGGCAUUGGCUGGCCUCAUGGUGCAGCUCAAACUGGAGCUGCCCUUUGAUCGGGUCGUUACUAUAGGGACGGUCAUCAUUCCCAUCCUGCUGGUCACCCUCGUCUUCACAAGAAACUUUGCAGAGGAAUCUAUAUACUGUUAUACACCGCACAACUUUACCCGAGACCAGGCACUUUAUGCGAGGGGCUACUGCUGGACAGAGCUUCGUGACGCUAUUCAUGAUGAGGAGCCUGAUCGUUGGCCCUCGCUGUUCGAACAUAAGUUCCUGCCAUAUGCCCUGCUGGCCUUUGCUGGGAUCAUGUACAUUCCUGCUCUGGGAUGGGAGUUCCUAGCCUCUACGCGGCUCACUUCAGAACUCAAUUUCCUGCUUCAAGAGAUUGAUAACUGCUACCAUCGAGCUGCGGAGGGCAGAGCCCCCAAGAUUGAGAAGCAGAUUCAGUCCAAAGGACCUGGCAUAACUGAGCGGGAGAGGAGAGAGAUUAUAGAAAAUGCAGAGAAGGAGAAGAGCCCCGAGCAAAAUCUUUUUGAAAAAUAUCUAGAGAGACGAGGCGAAAGCAACUUUUUGGCUAAGAUUUACCUGGCUCGUCAUCUGGCUAUCAUGUGCCUCAGUUCUAUCCCCAUUUCCUACCUGAGUGCGUACUAUGCUCGCCAAAGGCAGAAUGAGUUCACCUGUGCACUAGGCGAGCACCCGGACAACAGUAGCUAUCCAGAGUUGAAGCUGAAGGUCAACUGCAAGCUCCCCGCUGUGCAGCUGCAGCGCAUCAUGGCGGUGGUGGACUUAGGCCUGCUGUGUACCAUGGACUUCAUAAUCCUGCUUAACUUGCUGCAUCUGUUUGUGGUGCGCAAGUCUAACUUUGUGUUUGACAAACUGAACAAAGUCGGGAUCAAAACGAAACGGCGGUGGCAGAAGUCGCCGUUCUGUGACAUCAACAUCCUGGCCAUGUUCUGCAAUGAAAACAGGGACCACAUUAAAUCGCUGAACCGGCUGGACUUCAUCACCAACGAGAGCGACCUCAUGUACGACAACGUGGUCAGGCAGCUGUUGGCCGCACUCGCACAGUCCAACCAUGAUAUUACACCCACUGUGAGGGAUUCUGGGAUACAGACCAUUGAUCCUAACAUGGAUCCUUCCGAUCUUGGGGUAGGAGAGCUGGCCGGGGAGCCGCUGGUCAUCAAACGGCCGCGGAAGAAGAUCAAGUGGAUACCGAGCUCAAACCCUCUUCCUCAGCCAUUCAAAGAACCUCAUACCCUGACCCGCUUGGAAAAUAACACCAAGCCUGAAAAGCUCAAACCACUCAGACGCAAAACCGUUGCUGACAGCCUCAUUGCACCACUGUUGGACAGUAAAGGCACACAACAUCCUUCAACUAAAGACAUCAGUGGAAUGGAGAAAAAGCACUCGCGAAACCUCUCUCUGGACGUCCAUCCAUACAUGCUGACGAAUCGCAAGCCCAAGGUGGAGGCCUCAAUCGUUGAACCACUGCCGUCAGAGCACAAUAUGGACACAGUUUACCUUGAAGGCACUCACACUAUUGUCCAUGUUUCCUGUGCAAUGACAGAAACUAAAGUUAGUUCCCCAGUAUCGACCACUGCUGCCUUUUCUACAGUAACUCUGCCCUCUACUACAUAUGUGAAUGGAGUGAGCCCAAACCCUCCUUCUAGUGAGGAUGCACUCAGUCCCAAGUCCUCCCCUGCACAAAUGGAGCAUAUGACCUCAACUGAGAACCCAGAGCCACCGCACCUGACCAAAGCCCCCACGCACCAGCUCCUGAGCAUUCAUCGUACUCUUUUUGAAGAAGAAGAGGAUGAAGAAAACAGAAGAGGCAGGCUAGAAGAAAGACCCGGGGAGCUCAUUGCUGCUGGAGAAUGUUGACAAUUGAAUCAGAACGGUAUGAUCACGAUGGCAACAGUCCCCUUCUCCACAUCUCCUUCUCCUCAUAUCAACUUCUGGGAUUGGCGGAUUGGACCGACUGACAAGCAGAAAUGCAACAGUAGAAUAAUGACACAGACAGAGUGUGGUUGUUGGGAAGAAAGGGGGGAAAAAACUUAAAUUGAUGAGAAAAUAUGUGUAUUUGCUGUGAGAAAUGAUGUCACCUUCAUGCCUCAGGAUGACUGUGUUCUGCUGAUCACCCACAAAUGAAACCAGCAGUGAUAUAUAUAAUUCAACAGGGUGCUAAAGAGCAGGGUAACACAGCUAUGCUAAAAAAAGGCCCAAGGUGAAAGAAAAAUUAAUGAGGUUAAAAGAAAAAAAAAAGACAGACACCUUACAAAUCCAUAUUACCAAGAAAGACUGCAUUAUGACUUAAAAAAAAUCAAUAUAUAUAUUUAAAGCACAUAUUAACAACUUGUCCCUUUAGCCCUCUAGCCAAGUAGAAACGUAGCUCAUGCAAUACAGCUAUUGAGAUCUGCACAAUUAAUAUGCAAAUGAUCAAAAUAUAUAGAUGGCAAUAAUGUAUGCGCUUCGAGCAUUAUACUUCACACAUUGUGUUGACAUGGUUUAUGCUUAAAUAAAAAAAAAAUCAAGGCUUA